UUGGAGCUUCAACAACUUGCAACAAUGGAGUUUUACUCACUGGCUUUAUUUGCAUGUUUGUCCUCCUUCUACGCCGCCACCCUGGCACUGCCACACAGAGGUGCGUGCCUCCUGCAAGCGGACGAAGGGCCGUGCAGAGCCGACAUCCAGCGUUAUUACUACAACACCCUCAGUCAGAAGUGUGAGGUCUUCUACUACGGGGGUUGCCGGGGCAACGCCAACAACUUCAGGACGUAUCAGGAGUGCCAGAAAACUUGCUUCAGGAUACCGAAGAUUCCUCAGAUGUGUCGCUUCCCCAAGGAGGAGGGCCCCUGCCGGGCCCUCUUCACCCGCUACUUCUUCAACAUGACCAGCAUGCAGUGCGAGACUUUUUACUACGGUGGCUGCGAGGGCAACGCCAACCGCUUCUCCGACCUCAGCGCCUGCACCGAGUACUGCAGUCCACGCAAGAGCUUGCCCGUGCUGUGCCUGGGGCCCCUGGACCGAGGCAGGUGCUCCGCCUCCAUAGCGCGCUACUACUACAACUCCGCCUCCAGGACGUGCGAGGAGUUCACCUACUCGGGCUGCGGGGGCAGCAGCAACAACUUUGUGUCCAAGCACAGCUGCAUGGACGUGUGCGUCAAAGGAGGCAGGCGGGCAGAGGCAGGAGGCAGGAAGCAGGAGGCAGGAGGCAGGAGGCAGGCGGGCAGAGGGAAAAUACGUCGCUUGAGACGGAAUCGGAUCACCAUCAUGCAGGCGUGAACUUGAAAAUGGACUGACACUUUUCUUUUCUACACACUUUGAUGACCACAACAUCUUUUGUUGCAUUCUUUUGAUACUGUGACUAUGUAAUAUAUUAUUAUUAUUAUUAUUUCACUGUGACUCCUUUUGUAUAAAUAUCUAUAUUUGAUAAA